AUGGAUUCAACAGAUUUAUUUGAUAAUCAAAAUAUUAGAGAAGUUAGAAGGGGUCGUAAAGAAUCACAUGUCUGGGAUCAUUAUUUUAAAGAACCAUUGGGUAGUGGGCAUUACACAGCUAGAUGUCAUUACUGUAAUCAAAACUGGUCUAGAGGAAAACCAGAAAUUUUGAAGUCACAUUUAGCAUUGUAUUGUAAAGAUGUUCCACUAUAUAUUAAAACAGAAUAUAUGGAAAUGCUGGCUGUUGGAACUACAUCUACUAUGAAUAGAAAACAAAAAACAGAUUCUGAUUCAUCAGCUGAGCUUACUGCGGAUAGAAAAGAUAAAAUCGAUCAAGCACUUAUACGAUUUUUUAUUUGCUGUGGAAUACCAUUCUCAACCGUUGGUCAUCCUUAUUUUAUUGAUUUUGUUCAAAGUCUCUGUUUUGCUUAUGGUCCUCCUAAAAGAACAACCCUAUCAACAACUUUCUUAAAUCAUGAAACUGCUAUAAUUUUAAAUAAAAUCAAAGAAGAACUCAAAUAUGAAAAAAAUUUAACAUUAGCGGUUGAUGGAUGGUGUGAUCCUUUAGGAAGAUCUAUUUAUGCAUUUAUAAUAAUUACCCCAAGUAAAAGGCAAUAUAUUCAUACUUUGAAAGAUACAUCAAUGGAUUCUCAUACUGGAACUUUUAAUGCUACUGAAAUUGAAAAAGUUUUGACUUCAAUUGGCCCAGAAAAAUUUGCAGCUGUUCUUGAAACUCAAACUGAAAUUUUUAUUAAUGCAAUAGCAAUAAAAAAUCUUCUUCAAAAUCGCCAGUUUUUUCAAGAUGUUGAACAACUUCAUACAAUUCUUGCACCUGCUAAAAAAGCAAUUCAAGCUGUUGAAGCUAAUUCGAGUAAUAUGGCAUCAAUUUUUUUGCAAUUAAUUCAGAUGGCAGUUGAAAUUAAAAAGAUUUCAAAUUAUUUUGAUCCAAAUUUCAAAAAGAAUUGUAUUAACAUAUUUAAUAAACGUUGGGCACAGUUUGAUACUGAUACAUAUCUUGUUGCCUUUUUCCUCCAUCCAAGAUAUAGAGACAAGAAAUUUCAAGACAGUACAUUUCGUCAAAUGGCAUUAACUGCUAUGAAAAUUUGGUCAAAAUUUGGUAGUGAUAAAAGAAGUUGCAAAAUUUUGCUAUCACAACUUCGAUCAUAUGGUGAUAAUGAACCACCUUAUGAUAUGGAAUAUACUGAUGAAUAUGAUACGCCUGAACUUUGGUGGUCAACUUGUCGACAGCCAAAUAAUUAUAUUCAAAAAUUAGCUUUAAAGUUAUUUGCUAUUACUCCUCAUCAAGCUGCAUGUGAACGAGCCUUUUCAGUAUUAAAUUGGAUGAUAGGAAAGCGGAGAACAAGGUUAGAUAUUGAUCGCCUCCAAUCCAUGGCUCAAAUGCACUCCUACUAUAUUACAAAUGCAAAAUCAGAGUUAAAAUUUUCUAGUAGUGAUUUAAGUGAAAAUGAGCUUGAAACUGCAUUACAAGAAAUUACUACAGCUAUGAUUAAUAAUGAUGAUAUUUUCAUUGAUGAUGAUGAUAUUGUUUUGGAUGAUGAAAGUAUUGAUUUGAAUGAUGAUGAUGCUAAUACUAAUGAUUUGAUUAUGGAAAAUAUCAUGAAUUUAGAUAGUUUUAACGAACAAAAUGAUGAUAAUUCGAAUUCAAAUAUUUCGGACCAACAACCUGAUGAAUCUAUAAAUUAUGAGGAUUCAAAUAUUGAUUUUGAAGCAAUAUUUGAUGAAGAAUCGGAAACAGAUUAG